AUGCCCACUGCACCACAAAACGCGCAGUCCCUGUCACGAGGGAUUCCCCGAGACUGGUCGUGUCUGUCUCGGUAUGGAAAACGUCCAAAAUCUGAUUCCAUUCUUCUCAAUUUUUCUCGCACGACUCGAUUACGACCAGUGAUUAUGAUGCGCUUGGAGCAUGGUUACAAGAUGUGGGGCCGAGAACUCACCCCUGAUACGAAUCUCUUCGAAUGUGGAUUGGGAGCUCUGGUUGACUUCUCCAAGGAAGGAAGAAUGAAGUACUGA